AUUAUAAUAUCGUUCAUUUGAGAGGGAAAAAAUGAUUUUGUGCUUUCAAAACAGGAAGUUCAAUGCAUGAGUGAGGUCAUAUUAUGGAAUUUGAAAUUAAAAGUAAACAAUGCCGGUCCCAAAAGAGGCUUUAGACAAGCACGCUUAUCUCACCACUCAAUUAAGCAACUAUAUCGACGGUUCGAUUGACAAGGACCAGUAUGAACAACUGUUAAAUAGGCUCAAGUCUGUACUAACGCCAAAAGACAGAAACAAUGCUAAAACAAUCAUGCAUAUUCUGGAGUCCAUGGAGAAGAAAAGCUUUAUUGCGCCUGGCAAAUAUGAGGAUUUAAAAAAGAUUUUAAACGAAUUCGACGAACGAAUAGCUCGAGAUGUAAUCGAACCAGUAGAAGAGGAAAUUAACCAGAUAUUGGCAAGGAAUUCGAAGAGUACCAAUAUACAACCUGAACUGCGCGGAGAUCGUGACAUAGCUAUAGCAUCUAGAUCUACUGAUGAACAGCCACCUAACAAGAAAAGGAAAACAUCACAGAUUGCAAUACCGGAUUCAGCCAAGUAUGUGUAUGCGAAUUCCGGUCAGAAAGGUCUUAUGUUGAUACUGAACUUCUCGCGGGACCGAGAAGGUAGUACAGAUGACGUGGAAAAACUUAAAUCUUUUUUUGAAGACAAGUUUAAGUUUGAAAUUGAAACCUUAUCCGAUUUGAAAAAAGAAGUUUUACUGAAGGAGUUAACUGAAUUUAGAGAUGAGUACCUAAACAGCGCAAGGCAUGCAAAGAAAUACUAUUGUUUUGUAUGUGUAAUAAUGAGUCACGGGAAUGAGAAGGGGAUCAUGACAGAUGACAGACAGCCAAUCACAAUGGAUGAAAUAACCUCCUAUUUCAAAAACAAGGAAACACCUCACUUUAUUGGAAAACCAAAGAUAUUUCUAGUCCAGGCGUGUAGAGGUUCAUCUAUUCAACCAGUAGUAACACCAGACGACUGGCCAGAGGAUACAAUGUCGGUACCUCACGAUGCUGAUAUUCUUAUAGCAUACGCAACUACUCCAGGGUAUAAAUGCUUUAGAACGAAGUAUUCUGAUAUAGGGGCAUGGUUCAUACACGUAUUACUUGAGGAGAUUGAAGAAUCAUAUGAAAGUGACCACCUUGAAGACAUGCUGAUCUCAGUAAGGCAUAAACUUGCCAUUGACGAUGAAUGGAGACGUAACGACUUGUGUCAAAUGCCAUGUACAUGGACAACCUUGACAAAAAGACUUUUCUUCAGAUAAAGCACGUGUAAUGGGUGUCUAAAUAUCGACAAGGCAGCUUUGAACAAAAGAAAUUAUUUGAAAUCUGUCCAUUUUAUUGGAAACAUUCAUCGUGCAACAUGAAAAAAAAAUGUAAAAGUCAUCAUAACUAAUGUUAAUUUCACAAUAAAAUAAAGUGAUGAUCUCUAACAUAA